AUGUAUUUUUGUUUAGCGGCGGGCAGUGAGAGCUUGAAGAUCGCUGAGGGCAGUCCUGCAGUGGUGGAUGAAGAAAGGAAACGAAGACAACUGCCUGAUGGAGAUCUGAAAAGAAAACAACCAGCGAGCAGUAAGAGCGCUGAGAGCACUUCUGAAGUGGUGGAUGAAGAAAGGAAACGAAGACAAGUGCCUGAUGGAGAUCUGAAAAGAAAACAACCAGCGAGCAGUAAGAGCGAUGAGAGCACUUCUGCAGUGGUGGAUGAAGAAAGGAAACGAAGACAAGUGCCUGAUGGAGAUCUGAAAAGAAAACAACCAGCGAGCAGUAAGAGCACUGAGAGCACUUCUGAAGGUAAAUAAAUUAACUUACGUUAC